GUGGGGAAGAAAAAAUUAUAAUCUUGGAGGAAAGAAAUACUCUGAAACUGAUGCAAAUCAUUUGUGAAUGAAAAGGUUCUAGUUUUAAAAAUAUUUCCAAAAUGAGUAUGGAGUUGCCCUGUGAUAUGAAGGCCAUUUCUUACAGAUUUGACUUGGAAUAUAGUCCGGAUUUUAUCAAUGUCAAAGAAUAUUCUCCCAAAAGCUAUGAUGAAAAAAGACCUCUGGGACGAACAAUUUUUGUGGCCAAAAUUCCUUUAUACCUAGAUGAAAAUGCAGUUAAGAAGUUAUUUUCUGAAGUUGGGCCAGUUGUUUCUGUAAAUCUCCACAGAGAAAAAACUUCUGAUGAUGAUGAAGAAAAUAUGGAUGCCUAUGUACUAGGUUACCAAUGUGCCUAUAUUGUUUAUAAAACCAGAGAAAGUUUAUUGAAAGUGUUGAACUUGGAUGUUUUUAAAACUUUGACAGAUGAUAAAUUCUCACCACUUAAAGGACUGGUAGAAGAGUAUUAUGAUUCUAUUCGAAAUCGCUAUGUGGUUACUGAAACGGCACAAACAUUUCAUAAACAAAAGGAAGACAAAGUAUCAAAAGAAAAUAAUAAUGUGGAUGAAGAUGGUUGGACUGUGGUUGCCUCGAAGAGUAAACAUUCCAAGAUGAAUCCAAAGUUGAAUGAUAAACUAAUUUAUAAGAAAAAAAAGAAGUUGAACAAAAACUUCUACACUUUUCAAAUCAAAGAAUCAAAAAUGAAAAAUUUAGCUGCUUUGAUGGAGGGAUAUGAAGAAGCAAAGCGAAAGGUUGCUAAAAUGAAGAGGAAUAGAUUAUUCAAACCACUCUAAAGGCCAUGAUAUGUACAUAUUCAAAAGACUCUGAAAUUAGGGAUUUAUGAUUCACAAAAACUGUUUCUCUUUCUUUAAGGUAUCCAGUUUUCUUUUUAUUUAUAUUUCGCAGUGAGAAAUACUUUGUUAUUUAAUAUUCACUAUUUGUAAAUUGAUUGAUUUGAUGAAUAAAAUGUUACAAU